AAUGAAUCCAAUCCCGUCCUUGUCUUCUUCAUUGGCACCGACUCUCUCAGUCUUGGAGGUCUGGACGCUACCUUACCUUCAAUUUGGUAUUCCGAGAAGCCCAUUUACUUGAUUGGAAACCUUUCCGACAUCCUUUUCGAUGGCUUCCUUCAUAUAUCCGCAUAGACGUAAAGGAUAUCUCAUUCAUCAACGGUUAUGAUAUUACGGAAUAUAAAUAAUGCCUCCAAGAAGAUCCCAUAAGAAAUCUCGUGCUGGUUGCCGAAGAUGUAAAGCUCGAAAGAUUAAGUGCGACGAAGUUCAUCCUCGGUGUGGAAAUUGUACCAAGCAUGGCGUUGCUUGCGACUUUGAACAUCCAAGUAUCGUCGACACUCUCAGCCCAGUCGAAACACCUCGUCCGACGACAUCCACAAGUAAUUGCGAUAGUCCAUCUACGAAUACUCUUCCACCGACGCCCUCCGUAGAGCCAACCACGCCUGCUCCCAUAUACCGAAACCCAGAACCACUCCCCUUAACGAAUUCCAACAAAAGCAACCGUAUGAUGGAGUUGAAGUUACUACACCAUUAUACCACCAUUACCUGUCAGACCCUUGCCAUAUCGUCGCCAGUGAGUGAGAAGAUAUGGCGGGAUACCGUCCCGAGUCUUGCAUUUACUGGUGCAGAAUUCCUAGCCGACGCGCUACUUGCUGUUUCUGCCCUCCAUCUACGGUCUUAUUCUCCACACGACCAAGAACUUAUACGCGCCAGCCAUUCAUAUAUGGCGGCAACACUUUCGGAAUAUAGCGCAAUGUUGGGGAAGGGUAUUACUGAGUCGAAUGCGGAAGCGCUAUUCCUUACCGCCGCACUCAUCGCAUUUCAGUCGACAGCGUCUCGCAUUUUCACUCGGGAUGAUAGCGGUGAUUUGAAGGGUCGAUCUGAUGGAUAUUCCCUCCCACUGUCUUGGUUUCACUCGUUUCAGGGAAUAAAAGCUGUCGUUGCUUCUAGUUGGCAUUGGUUGCGACAUAGCGGCAUCGUGAUUCCGAUAAUCGAGUCACAGCCCGCGCUCAAUCUUGAUCUGUCAGGCCAAAACGCAAAUUUCUUCGGACAUUUGCUGACUGGAGUAGAAGAAGAAAUCGCUAGCUUGGAUGAUCCCACCACCCAAAGUCUCACACGCCAAGCCUACCAACACGCCGUCGCUGUGCUCGACUGGGCUCAUAAGAUACCUCAUACCGGUGCCCCUCUCGUCUUUCUCGCGACCGUUUCGCGCCGUUUUGUAGAACUGCUUGAAAAACGCCGCCCACGCGCUCUUGCUAUUCUUGCUAGUUAUUUUGGUUUACUAAAAUCUCUCGAUAGCAUUUGGUGGUUGAAGGGUUUAGCGCGGCGCGAAGUCAUGGGAAUCGUUUCGCUAUUUGAUCCGGAUGACGAAGAAUGGUGGCCCCGUCUGCAAUGGCCCGUACGGAUCGCAUUAUACGAAGGGGAUUUCAUACCCCCAGACGUAUGGGGCGCAGAACCGUCCAACGAGAUGACGCUCUUGGACCAAGGUAACCCAAAGGGUGGUUAUGUUAGUCAUAUUGAGCUUGUGAGCCAAAUGUUCUCUACCAUACAGAGCGUGCCCCCGGUGAUACCGGACGAGGCGCUCGAUGCACUCGCUCAUCACACCUUUUUGGCUCAAUCUCCGGAAUUCAACCGGCAGAUGGCGUCCUAGAAUGAUACGAACGUGCCAUAAUGAAGACCCCAGGAGAUAUGCUCGUUCGCUUUGAGCAUCGCUAAUCCGGGCUCGAACAAUUGGGGCAAGACCUCACCUUCUAAAACAUGAUCUGGUUGAGUAGAAUGCUAUUUUGCCUUCUUCAGCUCCCUCAGCAUCGAAUGGAUCGUCACAUAGGAGGCCAAAAUACGUAAUAUUAGAAUUUCCACUCUCGAAGAUACCCGCUUCGGUAUUAUUACCCGACUCUGUUAGAGUAGGUUUCCCCUCCAGGUUUCAAGGCACUGGAGAUGGAAGUGUCUCUGACGUAUAUUACACAAAGCUUUCCAACUUCGGUGCAGAGUGUGUUACAGCGAUGACAGCUUGCAUACACAUAUCGGCAUAAUCCUCCGCCUGUAUGUGUAUAUGGCAGAUGGAUUGAGACAGCAGAGUAGAAGGCUGAGGGGACAUUGACUAACUGUAUUAUACAGUACGUGUAGUUUUAAACUGACUACAGUAUAGGUAGACCUUGUAUUAAAAAGGGAUAGAAAUCACCGCUAUGGAUCGAUAAGCCAGCUCUCCACAUCCAUCACGAAGUGUAUAUACCUAUAUAUUAUACCUUAUGUACUACCUGUGUAAUAAUAAAUUCUAGUUUC